GAGAAGCAGAAACACGACGGGCGGGUGAAGAUCGGCCACUACAUCCUGGGAGACACGCUGGGGGUCGGGACGUUCGGCAAAGUGAAGGGGAUGGAAGAGGAGAGCCCUUCCUUCUCUUGCUCUUUCUGAGUCAUAGAACUGGAAAAUUGCUGUGUAGCCUACAGGGAAGCAACUGCCUAAACCUUCUUAAGAAAAUCAGCAAGGCCAACAAUGUAAGAAAUUGGCAAACAUGAAUUGACUGGGCAUAAAGUUGCUGUGAAGAUACUCAAUCGACAGAAGAUUCGAAGCCUUGAUGUAGUAGGAAAAAUCCGCAGAGAAAUUCAGAACCUCAAGCUUUUCAGGCAUCCUCAUAUAAUUAAACUGUACCAGGUCAUCAGUACACCAUCUGAUAUUUUCAUGGUGAUGGAAUAUGUCUCAGGAGGAGAGCUAUUUGAUUAUAUCUGUAAAAACGGAAGGCUGGAUGAAAAAGAAAGUCGGCGUCUGUUCCAACAAAUCCUUUCUGGUGUGGAUUAUUGUCACAGGCAUAUGGUGGUCCACAGAGAUUUGAAACCUGAAAAUGUCCUGCUUGAUGCACACAUGAAUGCAAAGAUUGCUGAUUUUGGUCUUUCAAACAUGAUGUCAGAUGGUGAAUUUUUAAGAACAAGUUGUGGCUCACCCAACUAUGCUGCACCAGAAGUAAUUUCAGGAAGAUUGUAUGCUGGUCCAGAGGUAGAUAUAUGGAGCAGUGGGGUUAUUCUCUAUGCUUUAUUAUGUGGAACACUUCCAUUCGAUGAUGAUCAUGUGCCAACUCUUUUUAAGAAGAUAUGUGAUGGGAUCUUUUAUACCCCUCAGUAUUUAAACCCUUCUGUGAUUAGCCUUUUGAAACAUAUGCUGCAGGUGGAUCCCAUGAAGAGAGCCACAAUCAAAGAUAUCAGGGAACAUGAAUGGUUUAAACAGGACCUUCCAAAAUAUCUCUUUCCUGAGGAUCCGUCAUAUAGUUCAACCAUGAUUGAUGAUGAAGCCUUAAAAGAAGUAUGUGAAAAAUUUGAAUGCUCAGAAGAGGAGGUUCUCAGCUGCCUUUAUAACAGAAAUCACCAGGACCCUUUGGCAGUUGCCUACCACCUCAUAAUAGAUAACAGGAGAAUAAUGAAUGAGGCCAAAGAUUUUUACUUGGCAACAAGCCCACCCGAUUCUUUUCUCGAUGAUCACCACUUGACCCGGCCCCAUCCUGAAAGAGUACCAUUCUUGGUUGCUGAAACACCAAGGGCACGCCAUACCCUCGAUGAAUUAAAUCCACAGAAAUCCAAACACCAAGGUGUAAGGAAAGCAAAAUGGCAUUUGGGAAUUAGAAGUCAAAGUCGACCAAAUGAUAUCAUGGCAGAAGUUUGUAGAGCAAUUAAACAACUGGAUUAUGAAUGGAAGGUUGUAAAUCCAUAUUAUUUGCGUGUUCGAAGGAAGAAUCCUGUGACAAGUACAUUCUCCAAAAUGAGUCUACAGUUAUACCAAGUGGACAGUAGAACAUACUUAUUGGAUUUCCGUAGUAUUGAUGAUGAAAUUACUGAAGCCAAAUCAGGGACUGCUACUCCACAGAGAUCGGGCUCAGUUAGCAACUAUCGAGCUUGCCAAAGGAAUGAUUCAGAUGCUGAGGCUCAAGGAAAAUCCUCAGAAGCUUCUCUUACCUCAUCUGUAACCUCACUUGACUCUUCUCCUGUUGACUUAACUCCAAGACCUGGAAGUCACACAAUAGAAUUUUUUGAGAUGUGUGCAAAUCUAAUUAAAAUUCUUGCACAGUAAA